UUGCGUGCGUGCUUGGGCUGUUGAACAUGUGAUGACGUCAGGGCUUCCUGUCGUGUCGUCUGGGGGGCAGUUGGCCUCGCUCUCUUUCUCUCCCUUAUUCUCAAUUUCUCUGUUUCUCUCUCAUUCUUUCACUAUGUCUCUCGUUCACCUUCUUUAUGUGCCUCUAACUGCCUAUCUCGACCACUCCCUCCUCCAGCCUACAUCCUAAACAGCUGAGUCAUCUUGUCUUGACUCUACCUCCCUUCUAUAUGUGUCUGUGUGUGUGUUUUCAGAACACGCUGAGUCAUGUCCACCGGCCUGGAUGACAGCGACAGCGUGUUUGGUGUUGGUGUGUGCUUGUGUCAGAGCUGAAUUCGGUGAUUCCCGAGACAGAGCUGCUGGACAACAGCAUUCAGAAGGGGCGGGCGCAGCUGAGCCGGAGGCACCGCCCCUCUCGCUCCCGUUGCCAGGACAGCGUCAGCUCCAACGAUGACAACGGCGAUGAUAGUUUGGACAGGAAACAGGACAAUGCAACGUUCUCUGUCCACUCUCCUCUCCAAGUGACAAUGCGAGGCUCUUCUCCUUCCCCCGAUUUGCUGCUGUCGCCACGUAGCUCCCCCUUCACCUUUGACACAUCACUGGUGCGUCGCUUGCCGGAUGAUGCCGGCUUGUCAUUGGCUGUGGCUCCACGGGCACGCUAUCACCAACUAACAAAUGACACGACUCAAGAGGCUUUGGCCACGUCUGCGGGCUUACUUUCCAAGUCCUGCCCUGCCUCCUCUGACGCCUCGCCCGUUUACACUCGAAGGAGCAGGAGGCCGGACAGCGAAGUUCUGGUGUCCGAGUCCAGUCGAGAGUCGAGUCCUGCCGACCCUCUUCCCGUACUGAUGGACCAGAAAACCAAAAGACGCUUCCAGGAUUUGGGUGUGACCCUCAGGCGCUCGUACCUUCGAGUGAAGAAGGAUAAACUAGACAAAAGAGACAAACGAGCCAGCGAGGGGGGCGGCAGGGACACAUCCGACAGUUUCCAAGGGAGAGAAUGUUCAUCGUCAUCUUCGCGAACGUCCACAUCCUUCGUCUCCUUUUCCUGGUUCUCUUCAUCGGGAACGUCACCCGGAUCCCCGCGAAUGCACCCCGCCACUGAACACGCGCCUCCAAAGUCUUGCUCACAGGAAUCAACCCUGAGCGAGGACUUUACUCCUCCUCAGACGUCCUCGUCCGUGUGUCCUCACGUGGAGUUGUCCUCCUCUAUGUCCUCCUCGCACCCUUACCAGACACUGUCGCAGUCUUCUGACGAGCUGGCCGACGAGGCGCCGUGCGCCGUGGCGUCGUGGACCAGCCAGCAGGUAUGCGAGUGGCUGCGGGAGCUAAGCAUGGACCAGUACGUCCCUGAAUUCCGAGCCGGACACGUGGACGGACGCUCGCUGCUCCAGUUGGACGGCGGAAAGCUCAAGGGUCUCGGCGUGCUGAGUUCGUGCGACCGUGGCGCUCUCAAGAGGCGGAUCAAAGUCUUGCAGACGGCGGCUGACAAGAACAAGAAGGGCAAGGAUAAAGAUAAAGAGCGCCGGAAGCAGCGCGAGGACCGCUGGAAUUGAGUGCUACCACCCGAUUGGGUGGGGUGGAUGGCAGUCGGAAGGGGGUCGGAUGGCGUGCGGCCUUGCUACGAAUGGGAUGUCCAAAUAUGGUCAAAGCGCACGUGUCUCACUCCCACCUAUGCAAAAGAGACGCAAAUGGUUUUGUGUGCAAGAUGCAUCUUGUCAUGAGCGUGCUUUCCAAUAAAAGGCCCCUAUUACGAAAGAA